AUGGCCGUCGCUCAUUUUGUUCUCAUUCAUACCAUAUGCCACGGUGCAUGGGUUUGGCACAAGCUCAAACCAGUGCUCGAGGCAGCUGGCCACAAGGUCACUGCACUGGAUCUUGUCGCCAGUGGUAUUGAUCUAAGGGUAAUUGAGGAUGUUGGCACAUUUGAUGCCUAUUCUGAACCAUUGUUGAGUUUUUUGGAAACAAUCCCUGAAGGAGAAAAGGUGAUUCUUGUUGGCGAGAGCUGUGGAGGAAUUAAUGUUGCUAUUGCUGCUGAUAAAUACACAGACAAGAUUGCAGCUGCUGUUUUCCAUAAUUCACUAAUGCCAGACACCGUUCACGGCCCAUCUUAUGUUUUGGAUGAGUUUAUGAACGUAUUUCCGGAUUGGAAGGACAGUGUGUUUGAAAAAUACACCUAUGGAAGCGACAUUAUAACGGCAGUAACUUUAGGCCCCAUUCUUAUGAAGAAUUAUAUAUAUACCGAUUGCCCUAUUGAGGAUCUUGAGUUGGCGAAGAUGUUGACAAGGAAGGGAUCAACAUUUCAAGAAACUUUACAGAAGCGUGAACCCUUCACCAAUGAAGGUUAUGGAUCGAUUAAGAAAAUUUAUAUCUAUGGUAAAGAAGACAAAAUAAUGACAAAGGAAUUUCAUGAAUGGCAAAUACAAAACUAUAAACCAGAAAAGGUUUAUGUGGUUCAUAAUGGAGGUCAUAAGUUGAUGCUCUCAAGGACCAUAGAGCUCUUUAAAAUUCUCCAAGAGGUGGCUGAUGAAUAUGGUUCACUUAAUUAG